GAAAAUAUUGGCCGAUAUCAUGAUUUGGAAAAAAUUGGGAAAAUGGGGUCCGAUUUUUGUUUGGCCAGGUUUUGAUUGAAUUGGAUAGUUUUCGGAUAUCUAAGAUCGGGAAGGUAUAACAUUCGCCAAUCGCCUUAUUAUUGGAAAAAGGCAUUUUCCCUGAAAUAAAUCCAUGUUGGCCAAGUUGGUUUGAGUGACUUAUGAAUGAGACACUUCCUUGUGUGAAUUCCUUUCCUAAAACUAAAUAUUUUUUAGCAACAUUAUUGUGCCAGAUGUACCUGGUUUUAUUAGCUACGCAUCCCCAGUUUACUUACUUAAUAUCUAUAUAAUGAUAAGAAAUAAAGCUGGUAUUAAGUCAUUUGAAGAAACACCUCUUUAGGGCUCGAUAGAGACUGUCGCCAGACACCAAUUACCGGCCUCAGUCGGAAACUCUUUCUUUGUCCUAUUGCGGGGGUGCCAUAAUGCCGCUCCCGGAUUUUCGGUGUUUGAAGAGUAUUAGAACUAUACGACCCAUAAGAUAAUGUUAUAUAUUGAGCUACUGAGGCCCCUUCGUUUGCAUCAGUAGCUAGCUGGCGAUUGUGGCGGGUGCGCACUUUGAAAUGGAUCUUGAGAAAGUCCUGGACAAGUGCGGGAGCUUCGGGCCCUAUCAGAUUCUACUGCUGGGCCUCUUCGGAUACACAAACAUUGUCUCUUCCUUGCACUACUUUUCACAGACUCUCAUCAGUUUUACACCACCCUUCAGAUGUUCUUUGUCAACUGCAGAUUUUUCAGAGAAUGACACCUCGGUGGAGACUUGUACUUUUAAGCAAUAUAAUGGCCAAGUUUCAAAGUGCUACUCUUGGCAAUACGAAAGGGAAGAAAACUAUGAAAGCAUCACAACAGAACUCGAUUGGGUCUGCGACGAAGCCUUUAACCUGGCUGUGGGGCAAUCCUUUUUCUUCGUGGGCUCUGUAAUGGGGAGCAUCUUCUUUGGAUAUCUCGCAGAUCGCAUUGGAAGACUACCAGCCUGCAUUUUGACUACCUUGACAGGGGCAGCUGGAGACUUCUUGACCUCUUUUGUGAGUGAUCUACCAUGGUUUUCAUUUACCCGCUUUGUUUCGGGACUUUCGUUGGACACUCAAUAUGUCCUGAUGUAUAUUUUGGUUUUCGAGUACCUGAGUCCUAAACACCGUACGUUUGGAUUGAACAUCAUCCUGGCCCUAUUCUACUGCUUUGGUCUGAUGAUCUCGCCGUGGAUAGCCAUUUGGCUAGGAAGCUGGCGAAAAUACCUUUGGGCAACUUCCCUGCCAGCUCUGGGAAUGCUAAUUUACCCUUUUUGUCUCCACGAAAGUGUUGAAUGGCUGCUGACCAAAGGAAAAUUCGACAAGGCCGCUAACAAUCUGCGCAGUAUUGCCAAAAUGAAUGGCCGAAAAGUAGACGACGCUGUUUUCGAUGAAUUUAUUAAAUUCUACACUUUAAAGCUAAAAAGUAAUCAGAAGGCGAACAAAGACACUUUCAUGGGAAUGCUGAAAACGCCGAGGCUCAGGAGGUUUACAAUAACUCUUCUAAUUAAAUCAGUGAUCAUCACACUGGCUUUUGAUAUCCUGAAUCGCAAUGUUGAAGGCGUAGGAACUUCUCCUUUUAAGCUUUUCUCCUACACAGGAAUCUGCUAUUUUCCAGCGGGUCUAUCCCUUAUACUGUUCCAGAAUAGAAUCGGAAGAAAAGGAAUGGCAUUUGCCUCUCUUUUCGGAGGCGGCAUUAUUACAGCUGUCACUGGUUACCUGGUGGGCACCCUCGAUCCGGCGAAGUACUCAUUGCUCCUGGCCAUCAUGGUGGGCUUGGGUCGUUUCGGAGGUUCCGUCGCCUACGAUGCAGAGGCCCAGUAUGCGGCAGAGAUUAUACCUACCAGUGUCCGAGGCAGAGGAGUGGCCAACAUUCAUGUUAUAGGCUAUGGGUUCGGGUUCUUCAGUUCAUACAUCAUCUAUCUGGGCACAAUUUACAAGCCCCUGCCUUCGUUCCUGCUCAGUUUCUUGCUCUUCAUUGGAGCCGCCUUGUGCCUCAGUCUACCAGAAACUUUACACAAGAAACUACCACAAACUUUGGAGGAAGGAGAGGUAUUUGCAAAAGGCGAGAAGUGGUACUACUUUCCCUGCUUUUCGCGCCAAAAGCAUUUCAACAAAUCCGAAUCUCAGUUGGAGUCAGCUCAUUAGAUUAUAAAAUAGUUUUACUAAGCCAAUAAAAAAAUAAU